GAAACAGUCACAGAUCAGCUGAAACACGGAGACAAACAUGAAGAGCCUCACACUCCUGAUCUUCUGCUGCGUGAUAGCCGCAUGUCUGAGCGCAGGUCUUCCUGACACUAAAUCAGUGAGUCCUGCAGAAUCUCCCAGUGAUGAUGGUGUGUUUGUGAAACGAGACGUGGCCUCAGCAGUCGUGAGACAGAAGAGAGCGGGGACAGCACCUGCAGACCUGACUGUGACUCAGCUGGAGAGUCUCAGGUGUGUUUGUGAAACGAGACGUGGCCUCAGCAGUCGUGAGACAGAAGAGAGCGGGGACAGCACCUGCAGACCUGACUGUGACUCAGCUGGAGAG